AUGCAGCAGCCGCCCACAGACGAGCCCCUGUCGCCGCCCGUCGCCGGCGCCGGCGACGACGACGACGGCAGCCACGCCAUCCCGUCCGGCAGCCCGUACGUCUUCAGCCCCGACGCCCACGCCCACCUGACGCCCUACCUCGCGGCCCUGCACGGCUCCUGCAUCACCCACGACCGCAUGACGGGCAGCUUCCUGCCGCCGCUCAACCACGAGAAGCUGCUGGGCUGGUGGAAGGUCAAGAUGGCCGAGGUCGCCGCGGAGCGCCGCGUCAUCAUCAUCCUGCUCGACGAGUCCGAGCCGGGCGCCCGCGCCAAGGGCCCGGAGCUCGUGGGCGCCGUCAUGCUGGGCACGCCGCCCACCGAGACGAGCCCCCACUGCGGCCUCGUCGAGUCCCUGCUCGUCAGCCCCAGGCACCGCAGCCGAGGCGGCGCGAGGAUGCUGCUCGCCGCGCUCGAGGUCGAGGCCGCGCGGAGGGGCAGGUAUCUAUUGAGAGCCGAGACGGCGAGCGGGAGCGCCGCGGAAGAGGUCUUCAAGAAGGCAUCGUACCAAUUAGUGGGCAAAAUCCCGGGCUACACAGUCAAUCUUGCAGGCGAGAAACUUGACGAGGCGAUAUUCUAUAAAGAUCUAUCAGCGUAG